UUUGGCACCCAUCGUAUCUCUCAUAUCAAACCAAAGUGCUUUACGUGCGAUAUUUGCAAUGAGAAUUUCUAUAAAAAGCUUGUUUUUCGGAAACAUAUGGACUCCCAUCUAUCAUUAGGACUUGGUUUGGAGCCAAAUACGCACAAAUGUAUGACUUGUAACAAGACAUAUGCCAAGAAAAAGGGUCUUCAGGCACAUAUGAGGGUCGCACAUGAAGAAGCAAAGUUCGAUUGUAACAUCUGUGAUAAGAAAUUUCGUCAUGCAAAGUCAUUGAGAGAGCAUUUAGACAAGCAUUCGAACGUGCAACAGUACAAAUGUGAUCAAUGCGACAGCAGUUUCAGCUAUCAGUCAAGCCUUCAGAACCACAUGAAGCUCCAUGGACCGAAAAAAUUCAAAUGCGACACUUGUGAAAAGACAUUUCCAACUUCCGCUCAACUCAAGUAUCACAAUCGAGUUCAUUCGAACGACAGAAAAUACGUUUGUCCUCAUUGCCCAGACAAAAAAUACUUCCAACAAUCGCAUUUGAAUGCCCACAUGAACAGCCAUUCCGAGAGAAAUUUCAUUUGUGAGCUCUGUACAACGGAAUUCAGGAACAAGCAGUCGUACAAUCAUCACAUGAACUUGCACUACAACGGGAAAAAGUUCAAAUGUGACACUUGCGAGAAGGAAUUUGCUACAAAAUACAAGUUGAACAAGCAUUUGGAGACACAUUAGAUACAGAAAACAUCUUUAACUUUAUUUUUGGGAGAAAACUUAACGAAUUUUUCAUUCCAUUCGGGUACUUUGAUACGUCUCAAGGACAUGUUCAUAUCCGAGUUUUAUCAAAUAUUGGAAUUUCUUGCUGUCGGAAAUGCUGGCGAGCUCUGGAGCGUUUAGGAAAACCUGCAAUGGCGGCAA